CUCUAGUCGACGAAUGUUAAAAUUAACCCGGCACGUGGAUGAAACUUUGGAGCGUGUCUUUACGGUCUCUGGAGCAGCGAGAAUAGCGUAGCUUGCUUUAAAGGGCCGCUCUCAUUCUACCAGGGAGCCGGCGGCGAGCGUGGACCACGAUCUCCAAAACAACAGCAUUGUUAUUCCGGGUAUGGCCGGUGAACAAGAUUGGGCACUCUGUCUCUGGAAACUCCAGCACGUUACCUAAAACAGGGAAUGGGUGAGUGGAGGCUUUGACGAGAUAAAGCUCCUUCGGAAAUAAAUAUAUAGCAUUCAAGAUUCAGAUGGACAUAUUGCUGGCUAUAAAAUUACAUAAAGUAAACUAUAUAGACAUGAUAUAGACGCGUCUGAAGCCCGGCAAGGCGAAAUGAUACUUGUAUCCGUAAUAAUCCUGUCACAGAAUGCUCCGGUAUUGAGGAUUUUUAUGAGAUGCCUUUCUGAAAAUCGCAUGGGACGCAGUUUGCAUUAUCAUUGAACAAAGUAUCUGCAACUUUCAGAUUUCUGGCGAGUGAUUGGAGUUUUGCUCUAACACAGUCUUUCUCUAGAGGUGGAGGCGUUCCCGCGGGCUUAUUCUAAUUGGAUUCAGCAAGAACCUCCGUCAUACUUCGCAAGAAGUCUGUGGCAUGUCUUUAAAUAAAGUCGACCCUUGAGAAAACGAGCACUCUGUUAUGCCAGAAGCGGGCAAAACCUGUGCCUUUAUCGAAUUGAUUGAUAUAAAUUGACUAGAGAGAGAGAGAGAGAGAGAGAGAAAGGGGGAGUGAGCAAAAUAAGAGAGAGUGGAGUUGCAGAUAGACACUGUGCAAGAUCUAGAAAAUUAAAGGCAGGAGAAGUGUACUGUGGGGGAAAGAGCGUGAGUGUGAAAGUGAGAAAGUCGAGCGAUGGCGAACCCGUAAGAGAGACGGAGAAAGAGAGUGAAAAGAUGGAGAGGGAGAGAGAGCAAGAAAGAAAGAGUGAAAAAGAAGGGACCGGAGAGAAAUAUUAAGUAUCGGAAAACUGAAAAAUACUUUCUUGCUGAUCUUCGCGACUUCAGCACCGCGAGCCAAGGACAGCUCCCUUCCCUUUGACUGAAACCACCCAGUGUCGAAAAUGUGACAACGGACAAUUCAGCACCACAAGUACAGGACAGCUUCCCGACCUGAGAACAGCGUGUGCAAGAUCUUCCAUUUAUUGCAGAUCUUCCAUUCAUUUCUCCUAAGUACCCUCUAUAUCUCUCGUUCCCCUUUCCCCUGACUCUCAGUCCGAAGAAGGGUCUCGACCCGAAACAUCAGCUAUUCAUUUUCUCCAGAGAUGCUGCCUGACCCGAUGCGUUACUCUAGCCUUCUGUGUCUGUCUUCGGUUUAAACAUCUGCGGUUCAACCCUAAACAGAUUUGGAAACUGCUACAUCUGAUGAGGCGUUAUUAACGUGUCAGUGUACACCCAUUAUAAAUAAUAUUUCAAAAUGUUAUAAUUUUAUAACAUUGAAAUCUUCGAACUACCCACCAAUUUGUGCGUUAAACUCCGCUCCUCUUGCAUUUCUUUCUCUACCGGCAGGUUGCAGUGCUCAGAGUGGGAGAUCUAGACCAAGUGUGCGGAUAUCACGAAUCUCCACCGCACUGACCGAGUACGGAGCGAGUUAGCUAGGUAUUUCAAGACAUUGUGGAGAGAACAAAUUUUAUUUCCCUCGGAAGGUUGAGGAGACCUUCUCACCAUGGCGAGCGGACUAGACCCCAACAACAGUCUCCUCACCCCGGACAUGUCCAUUCAGAACAACUUUACCGAGGAGACUGUCUAUCUUGACGCUGUAUUUCUCGCGAUUAGGUGCUUCGUCCCACCCAUUUACCUGUUGAUCAUCACCGUGGGCUUGCUGGGGAACAUCGCUUUGGUUAAGGUAUUUGUGUCCAACAGCGCCAUGCGAAGUGCACCCAACAUUUUCAUUUCCAGCUUGGCGGCCGGCGACCUGCUUCUCUUGGUGACCUGCGUUCCAGUGGACGCUGCGAGGUACUUUUUCGAGGAAUGGGUCUUCGGCACAGUCGCUUGUAAACUCAUCCCCCUUAUCCAGCUCACAUCGGUGGGAGUGUCCGUGUUCACACUAACCGCCCUCAGCGCCGACAGGUACAAAGCCAUUGUGAACCCCAUGGACAUCCAGGAGUCCAGUGCUGUCCUCCACACCUGCCUGAAGGCAGUCACAAUAUGGCUGAUCUCUGUGGUCCUUGCCAUCCCGGAGGCCGUGUACUCACAGGUGGUACAACACCACAACGGCAACAACAUGAGCUUCAGCGCCUGUGUGCCUUACCCACUCUCCGACAAGCUGCACCCCAAGAUCCACUCCGUUCUGAUAUUUCUGGUCUACUAUCUCAUCCCCCUCGCUAUCAUCAGCAUCUACUACCUGCACAUCGCCCGCACCCUGAUCAAGAGCGCGCACAACAUGCCCGGAGAAAGCAGCGAACACGCCAAGCGGCAGAUGGAAACCCGGAAGCGCCUCGCCAAGAUCGUGCUGGUGUUCGUUGGCCUAUUUGCAAUGUGCUGGUUCCCUAACCAUGUGCUCUACAUGUACCGCUCCUUCCACUAUGGCCAGAUCGACCCUUCCCUCGGGCACCUCCUGAUCACUGUGCUGGGCCGGGUGCUGAGCUUCUGUAACUCCUGCGUCAAUCCUUUCGCCCUGUACCUGCUGAGCGAGUCUUUCCGGAGACACUUCAACAGCCACCUGCGGUGUAAAGGGCAGCACCGGCGGUCCGGGUCCACCAGUUACUUCCAGAGCACCUCUGCCUUGCGCAUGACGUCAGUGAGAAGCAGCAACAGGAACACCAUUGCCAAUGGUCACAGCCUCAAACAAGAGUCAGUAGCCUGAACCGCAACAUACUGUACCUUCUUCACCAUCCACUGUCAUGAGGCAAGUUUACCCCACUCCCUCAUGCACUAUUUUCCACAGCCAAAAGGAGAAAUGGAAGAGAAAUAAACCAGCAGAUUCCCCUCUCACCCUCCCAAUCCAAGCCAGACCGAAGACUUGCAUGCUUUCACCAUCGCUGCAAGAUUCUUUGUAAACCAGGUUUAAAUCUCAGGCCUGUUCUCUGUGGAUCUGGAGGUGACUGAAAAUACUGUGUAAACACAGUCAUUCUUGCUCCAAGCCUGUCCCACAAUGUUGGCUAUAGAGUGAGAGUAAUAGUCACAUAGCGUGGAAACAGACUCUUCAACUCAGCUUAUUCAUGCUGACCAAGAAGCCUAUCUAAGCUUGUUCUAUUUGGCUGCACUCAGCCCAUAUUCCUCUAAAUCUUUCCUAUCUCCGUACCUGUCAAAAUGUCUUUUGGAUGUUGUAAUUGUAUCUGCCUCUACGACUUUCUCUGGCAGCUCAUUCCACACACCUACUACCCUGACGAAACCUGCUCCUCAGAUCCCCUUUUAAAUAUUUUCACUCUCACCUUGAAACUAUUCCCUUUCGUUUUAGAUUCCUCUAGGCAGGAAAAGAGACAGUGAGCAUUUCUCCAAUCUUUAAUUUCAUGAUUUUAUAUACAAUACAUACAAAAGGUACAUUAAUUCUCAUUCACUUCAGGAAAAAAUUCCCAAAAUAUCUAGUCUCUCCAUAUAACUGAAGCCUAUCAGUCCCAGCAAUAUGCUUGCAAUUGCUUUCUACACUUUCACCAGCUCAAUCACAUCCUUCCUUUGGUGUGGUGACAGGAUCCUGUCUGUGGAUAACUUUCCCUGUGGUAGCUUGGACCAUUCUCCAGUGUCCUAUUGUCACGGUUUGAUUGGAUCUAGUUGGUUAGAGAGUCAUAGAGUCAUAGAAUGAUAUAGUGUGGAAACAGGCCCUUUGGCCCAACUUGCCCACACCGGCCAACAUGUUCCAGCUACACUAGUCCCAGCUGCCAGUGGUCCAUAACUCUCCAAACCAAUCCUAUCCAUGUACCUAUCUAACUGUUUCUUAAAUGUUGGGAUGGUCCCUGCCCCAACUACCUCCUCUGGCAGCUUGUUCCAUAUACCCACCACCCUUUGUGUGAAUAAGUUACCCCUCAGAUUCCUAUUAAAUCUUUUCCCCUUUACCUUAAACCUCUGUCCUCUGGUCCUCUAUUCACCUACUCUGGGCAAGACACUCUGUGUACCUACCCAAUCUAUGGCUCUCAUGAUUUUAACAUUGACCUUAGCCUGACCUUCUCUCUGUAGUGCCUUCUUUAUCUGACAUAGAUCAAGAAGGUCCCCUAUCAGUUGUUGCUUCGUCUCAGGCUUGGUUUUAUGAUGCAACAGUUUCAGAGUCUCCCACUACUCCUUCAAUUUCUGAAAGCCAUUGAGUCAUAGUCGUAGAGUCAUAGAGUCAUAGGGUCAUAUAGUGUGGAAAUAGGCACUUUGGCCCAACUUGCCCACACCAACCAACAUAUCCCGUCUAUACUAGUCCCACCUGUCUGUAUUUGGCCCAUAUCUCUCUAAACCGGCCCUGUCCAUGUACCUGUCCAAAUGUUUAUUGAGUACCUUUCUCUAUGUCAAUGAUUUGGAUGAGAACCUACUUGGCAAGGUUAGCAAGUUUUCAGAUAACACAAAGAUGGGUGAUAUUGUAGAUAGUGAAGAUGGUUGUCAAAAAUUGCAGCAGGAUCUUGGACAGGUGUGCUGAGGAAUGUUUGGUGGAAUUUAAUUCAGAGAUAUGUGAUGUAUUACAUUUUGGGAGCAUUAACAUUGACAGAACCUUCACAGUGAAUGGUAAGGCUCUGGGGAGUGUUGGAGAGCAGAAGGAUCUAGGAGUACAGGUACAUAGUUUGUUGAAAGUGGCAACACAGGUAGAUACAGUGGUCAAAAGGCUUUUGGCACCUUGACCUUCAUCAGUCAGAGCAUUGAGUGUGGAAGAUGGGAGAUCAUGUUGCAAUUGUUUAAGACAUUGGUGAGGCCGCAUUUAGAAUAUUGUGUUCAGUGGUGGGCACCAUGUUAUAGGAAUGAUAUUGUGAAGCUUGAAACGGUUCAGAAAAUAUUUACGAUGAUGUUGCCAGGAAAGAUGUAGUCAUGCUGGAAAGGGUGUAGAGAUUGACAAAGCUGUUUCCAGAACUUGAAGGCCUGAGCUAUGAGUAGAGGUUGAGUACGCUGGGACUAUUCCUUGGAGUGCAAGAGGAUGAGGGGUGAUCUUAUAGAGGUGUUACAUUUUGGGAGCAUAAAUAGGGACAGUGAAUGGUAAGGCUCUGGGGAGUGUUGAAGAGCAGAGGGAUCUAGGAGUACAGGUACAUAGUUCGUUGAAAGUGGCAUCACAGAUAGAUACAGUGGUCAAAAGGCUUUUGGCACCUUGACUUCAUUAGUCAGAGCAGAUUCGGUAGAUGCACAGAGUCUCUUGUCCAGAGUAGGGAAAUCGAGAACCAGAGGACAUAGGUUUAAGGUGAGGGGUGGAAUGAUUUAAUAAGAAUCUGAGGGGUAACUUUUACACGCAAAGGGUGGUAGGUGUAUGGAAUGAGCUGCCAGAGGAUGUAGUUGAGGCAGGUGCUAUUGCAACAUUUAAGAAUCAUUUAGACAGGUACAUGGAUAGGACAGGUUUAGAGGGAUAUGGGCCAAAUACAGGUAGGUGGGACAAGUGUAGAUGGGACAUGUUGGCUGGUGUAAGCAAGUUGGGCUGAAGGGUUUUUCCAUGCUGUAAAACUCCCUGACUCUAUGACCUCAACUACCCCCUCCGGCAACUUGUUCCAUACACCCGCCACCCUUUGUGUAGAAAAGGUACCCCUCAGGUUCA